GAAGAAAAUGAAUCCAAGGGCUAUGAUUGAUCGCUAUAUUCAACCCCUACACCUACAAAUGGUACCCGAAGACUUCUCCGCUCCGCUCCUUUUAAAAACCUCUAAACCAAAUACACUCUCCGCUAUUCCGUUUCCCCUCUACGGAUCCUUUUCCGUUCACAUUGCAUUGCCACCAUACCAGAUCCUUCCUCAUCGGAAAUGGCGCGUGAAGAGAACGUCUACAUGGCCAAGCUCGCCGAACAGGCCGAGCGGUACGAGGAAAUGGUGGAGUUCAUGGAGAAGGUCUCCUCCUCCCUCGGCGACUCCGAAGAGCUCACGGUGGAGGAGCGAAAUCUCCUCUCCGUCGCGUAUAAGAACGUCAUUGGCGCGCGUCGUGCCUCCUGGCGAAUCAUCUCCUCCAUCGAGCAGAAGGAGGAGUCCAGGGGGAACGAAGACCACGUCAACGCUAUACGCGACUACAGAUCUAAGAUCGAGACUGAACUCUCUAAAAUCUGUGACGGCAUCCUGAAGCUUCUGGAGUCCAAACUCAUCCCGUCCGCCUCCACCGGUGAUUCCAAGGUCUUCUACCUCAAGAUGAAGGGAGACUACCACCGCUACCUGGCUGAGUUCAAGACAAGCGCUGAGCGAAAGGAGGCCGCGGAAAGCACUCUCACGGCCUACAAAUCUGCCCAGGACAUCGCGAAUGCAGAACUUGCACCAACACAUCCUAUCCGUCUCGGACUGGCUCUAAACUUCUCUGUGUUUUAUUAUGAGAUUUUGAACUCCCCUGACCGUGCUUGUAGUCUUGCAAAACAGGCCUUUGAUGAAGCCAUUGCUGAGUUGGACACCCUGGGAGAGGAGUCAUACAAGGAUAGCACUUUGAUCAUGCAACUUCUUCGUGACAAUCUCACUCUUUGGACAUCUGAUAUGCAGGAUGAUGGAACUGAUGAGAUCAAAGAGGCUCCAAAGAAAGAAGAAGAGCAACAUUAAGGGCUGUUUCCUUCUUAUAAGCCAUAUAAGCUUCUCCAUGAUUGUUUUAAUUUGGGGAAGUUGUUUGCUGUUGUUUGCCCAUGGCUUUUCCGUUUUAAUGGGUUCUCCAAGUCCUUCAUUAAACAUGGACUGCUUAAUUUAGUACUGAUGAUACUUCUAUCGUUUGGUCUUAGAAGUUAUUAAUGUGAUUGUGGAAGUUCUCUAUUUGUUUACAGUUUUUUUGGAACAGUUUUGCUUGUUUCCUUGUUGGUUUGGUUGGUAAUUCAUGCCUGCCGUGUUAUAUGAAAGCUCACAAGUUGCGUUUACACAUUCUGUUGUCACAGUUGCUCAGGAGUAAUACGAGGCAUUACACCUUUUGUUUUGCCGGAGAAUAUUGGUGGAAAAUGGAGUCGAGGAACAUUAGGACUGCGUUUGGUUUAGAUGAAUUGGCCGUUAGGUAAUUUAAACCUAAAUCGAUGAAUGUACAAAUAAUUUAAAAUAGAGUUGGUCAUGUAACUUCUUCGUGACAAACUGGGAAUUAUUUUAGGGGUUAUUCCCUUAAUAUUACUAAAUUGAACUGAUUAGAAAUCAUGGCACACAUA